GGUGUUCUUCUUGUUGUUUUUCUUUCGCACACAGAGAGUAGAAUACAUUCAAAGGGGAAUCCCAACGACAAGUGCCCUCCAAAAUCGAAGAAGCAAACCCUAAGCAGAGCCAUGUACGGAGGAGAUGAAGUAUCUGCGAUAGUUGUAGACUUGGGUUCGCAUACAUGUAAAGCUGGUUAUGCUGGUGAAGAUGCUCCAAAAGCUGUAUUCCCUUCUGUCAUUGGAUCAAUUGAUCAAAUGGAAGUUGAUGAGAAUGAUAACCCAGAAAAGAAUACUGGUGCUGUUACAGAGUCUAAAUCCAAAGGAAAACGCAAAUUAUAUGUAGGGUCUAGUGCAAUGGGAUACCGCCGGGAUCAUAUGGAGGUGAUACCGUCGAUAAAGGAUGGAAUUGUUACUGAUUGGGAUAUCGUGGAAAGCAUUUGGGAUCAUACCUUCAGGGAAUGUCUGCUGGUUGAUCCUAAAGAGCAUCCGAUGCUACUGGCAGAACCAUCAUCUAACACUCAACAACAGAGAGAAAAGACAGCGGAGAUUAUGUUUGAAAAAUACCAAGCUCCUGCAUUGUUUUUAGCAAAAAAUGCUGUUCUCACAUCUUUUGCUUCAGGACGUGCUACCUCAUUGGUUGUGGAUAGUGGUGGAGGAUCAACUACUGUUGCCCCUGUACAUGAUGGGUAUGUUCUACAGAAGGCUGUCUCAGUGUCUCCAAUUGGAGGUGAAUUUCUUACCGAUUGCUUAAUUAAAAGCUUGGAAAGCAAAGGAGUUAAAAUAAGGCCUCGAUACUCUUUUAAGCGAAAGGAAGUUCGGCCAGGAGAGUUUCAGACUGUAGAUGUCGACUUCCCUAACACAACUGAAAGUUAUAGGAUGUACUGCCAGAGGGUUAUUGCCAGCGAUAUAAAGGAAUGUGUCUGUCGUGCGCCUGAUACUCCAUAUGACGAUAUUUCUUAUUCGAACAUUCCGAUGACAGCAUAUGAACUUCCUGAUGGACAGACCAUCGAGAUUGGUUCUGACAGAUUUAAGACUCCUGAUAUUCUGUUCAAUCCGUCCUUGGUAAAGACUAUCCCUGGUAUGGAAGGUUCUCUAGAUAUUGCUUCUUCUGCUCGUGGCUUGCCUCAAAUGGUUAUAGAGAGCAUAAACAAGUGUGAUGUUGAUAUUCGGAGAGAAUUAUUCAGUAGUAUCCUGCUUGCUGGUGGCACGGCAUCAAUGCAACAACUGAAAGAACGCCUUGAGAAAGACUUGCUAGAGGAAUCUCCUCAAGCAGCUAGAGUUAAAGUAUUAGCCAGCGGCAACUCAACCGAAAGAAGGUUCAGUGUUUGGAUAGGAGGGAGCAUAUUAGCGUCUCUUGGAUCGUUUCAGCAGAUGUGGUUUUCCAAAUCCGAGUACGAAGAGCAUGGAUCUUCUUACAUUCAAAGAAAAUGUCCUUGAGAAGGAAGGGAAGCAAGUUUCAUAGUAGUAGUAAUACUAGUCUUAGAAGAGAAUGUGUUGUAUAACUUAUUUUGAUUCCGAAUGAACCCGCCCUUUUUAACCUUGGAAUCAUCUCAAACUCUUGUGACGGAAAUCUACUAACCGACAUCUAUUGUUUUAUACUAUGCUUAUCUUAUUUAAGCUUGUUGAAAA